CUUUGCUUCAAGAAAGGUGACAUCAUAACAGUGACACAGUGUCUCGAAGGAGGAUGGUGGGAAGGAACCCUGAAUGGACAUACUGGCUGGUUCCCCAAUAACUACACCAAGGAAGUCAAAACUGACAUCAGUUACAAGAACAAAUCUGGAGAGAUGCCUGUCUAUAAGAGGGAGAGCAUGCAGCUUUACCACAAUGUGGUGUUGAAGAAUGUCAUCGAAACUGAGAAGACCCAUGUCUCAGAGAUGCUGAGAGUGUUGCAGUCAUACCUCAAGCCUUUGGAAAGCACCAAUUUACUAACUGUAGCAGAGUAUCACUUGCUUGUGGGCAACACCGAAGAGAUUAUCGCAUUCCAGCAGUCUUUCCUUGCUGCCUUAGAGGAGUGUGAAAAAAUGCCAUCAUCACAGAGACGAAUUGGAGGAAUCUUUAUGGAGUUUGCCCCUAGAGUCAAAGAGCUGUACUCUACUUACUGUGCCAACCAUCCCAAGGCUGUAUCAGUUUUACAGAAAAAGAGAGAAGAGCUGGGGAAGUAUAUAGAAAGUCAAGGGGCACCAUCACCAGGAGCACAGACUCUGACCACAAUUCUGUCCAAGCCAUUCACACGUCUAGAGAAAUACCCAAGUCUGCUGAAGGAGCUGGAGAGGCAUGUAGAGGAAAGCCACCCAGACAGAGGAGACACACAGAGGGCUAUAGCAGUGUACAGAAAUAUUGCAAACUCCUGUCUGGAAAUUAGGAAAUUAAAGGAAAUGGAGUUUGAGAUUAUAACUAGCACAAUCCAGGGAUGGGAAGGAGAGGAAAUCUCUAAACUCGGCGAAGUGAUACAUUUAUCACAAGUCAAGAUGAUCACACAGACUGGAGACAAAUAUGAGCGUAUUUUUGUUCUCUUCUCAUCCUGUCUGGUUAUGUUAUCCAUGAGCCCACGGUUGAGCAGCUAUCAUUAUGAGGGUAAAAUCCCGUUGAGUGGCUUGACUGCAACUUAUUGUGAGCAGGCAGAAAACUACCAGAAUGCUUUUGAUAUCUCAGGACCUAUGAUUGAGAAAAUCACAGUACUGUGUGGAACAAAAAUGGAGGUAACUGCCUGGUUAGAAAUUUUGAACCAGCAAGUGUCUCAGUCAGCAAAUCCAACCACUUCCACAAAACCUCAGCCUUUACAAACUACAACAUGCCAGACUAACGUCAGCACAGUCACCCCGGCUAAAACUGCCCAGAUCUCAUCAAACCCACCCACAGCCCCACCACCCCAGUUCCCUGUCAUGUCCAACAAGACCUCAAGUGUCUGGAGCAUGACCUGUUUGAGGCCCUCUCCGCCGCUGAGGCCAACUCUGAUGUGCCGAGAAGAAGUUCUCAAAUCUCCAAGGGCAGGACGGAAGUCGACGCAUAAACGAAAACCAGUCCGCACAUACUCUGGAGAGGAGACAGAUUGGCAUAGUAAAAAUGAUCCAAAGGUAUACAAUGAGGACGCCUUCAUCCUACAGGUGAUAGAAGCCUACUGCAACAGUAUUAAGACCAGGCACACAGUGAAUUCAUUGGACUUGUCCAAGCUGCGACUGUCUGACAGCUCUGGUUCAGAGAGUGGAGCCUACACGGAUACUCUCAACUCCCCAGACCUGGAUGACUACACCAGCAUGGUCAGCGGAGGACAACCGGUCAUGAGCGGCUUCUGCUGUGCCACCUUCCCUCUAACACGAGGGCUGGCUCGGACAAUCAAGCGUUUGUGA